GUAGCCGCACACGACUCUUUUCCCUUCGGAUUAUCAUUUUAACCUCGUCUGGCGUUUUUCACGUCAUGAUACGUCGAGCAGCAUCAUUGUCGCAAUUUGAUAUGGCUUGGUAAGAAAACCUGAUUUAGAUCAUCCAUAAUUAUCAGGCAGAAUCAGAAAAAAUGACGAGUGUGCAGAUGCGAAUGAGUCUGGAUGACCUCAGGCGCGAGGCUGAGUCUAUCACCCAGUACCACAGAGAACGCGCCUCGACUGCCGACGACUUGUUUGUUCCCGCUGCUAGAGCAAAAGGCACCAUCAUUUCCAGCGAUCUGGUUGAGGAUUUGAUGGCGGAGAAGCACAGACCAUCCAGGGACGUGGAAAAUGGUAUCACCCUGUCGAAAAGUACUAGUGGUACAACUAGUAAGGCGAGAAGCAUAGCUGGAGCAGGAGCGUCGCAGAGUAGUAGUCCUAUGAAGUCGCGGUUUUCAGCUAGUGUGGCUAAGAAAAAGAGCAUGGCGGGACCGGGAAAUACAGUGAGCAUCAGAAUAGAUGACACCAACACAUCUUCAAGAGGCUCUUCGAGAAGUCCUUCUACAACCACCAAAGCUUUAUUGAGCACAAACACGCAGAUGAAUGCGAGGAAAAGUACAAGGAAAAGCACUAGACAAGGUAAUAGACAGACUUUGAGUCUGAAGGGGGCCAAAAGUGCAAGCUCAGCAGAGUCCUCGCCAGUGAGGGCAGAGAACGAACGACAGGAGCUCCUUGAACGUGGCGAAGAGCUUUACAGGGAUAUCACACGUCUCGAGCAAGAGAAAAGCGUCUUGCAGUUAUGAUUGUCUACUUCAUAGUAAAUUUAUAACCUUAUCAUGAUUACCAUUACUUAACCUCAAGCGCAGCUAUUAGGAUGCAGAAGAUUCAACGAAAGCUACUUCAAAGUGUGAACGUAUAAUUUCAAGUUCAACUCCGCCUGCGCCUCUCUAAUCCCAGCCGAUGUGGAACAACAAAAGGAACACACUCUUGAGCUCGAACGUAGCAAUCAGGAGCUAAUGUCCAAGGUGCAGAAACUGGAACAGGCAGUUAAAUCAGGGGAUCCUAAAGGGUUGGCGCGAAGCAUAAUAGAUGGCGAAGAGAAGGAUAUGAGGAAGAAGAUUGGUACUGUAAUUUUGAGUCGUUUGAGUUUGAGCCGCUUUACUGCUACGGGUUGUAGAGGGAUAAGUGGUUGGGUCAGAUUCAGUUUUUUUUUCUCCUUUGAAGAAAGGCAAAUGACCAACGACGCCAACAAAUACUUCUAUGUCUUCUACUCCGACCCAACCUUCAGGCACUUACGCCUCCCAAAUCGAUUCCUUGCGCAAGGAAAAUGAGGCCGCCGCCACUGCCUUAAAAACAGCUCAGGCCGCAGCACAACAGCGCGUUCUAGAACGCGACAGCUACUUCCUCACAGUAGAGGAACUCGAACAGAACCACCUGCAAUUACAGCAGCAAUACACCAAAAUGGAAUCCGACGCUGAGGCUGCUCGUGCCGCGAAGCAGAAUUUGGAGACUCGUCUUCAAGAAGCACAGAUUGAACUGGAUGUGAUGCAGUCUUCGCUAAAACUAGCAAGAAGAGAAGCGGAGAUGCGCGUGCAACAAACCGAAAACUUGGAAAAGGCAACGAAAGUUAUGAUGAAUUCUCUUUCUUCAUCCAAACAAUAUUGCAUUUGUAUUUCUUCAUACUUAUCAUCUUCGGAAGAUAGAGAUGGAUAGUUGUUGCAUUUUGUUGUAGUGGGACCUUAAUCUUUUUCUUUGCCUUCUUAUACUUUUCACGACAGCGUCCUCCCUAUGUAUAGUAUCCCUCCAUCUCCCUAUAAUUGGCCUCGCAAGUAGACGCUAAUAGCUACACAAGAGGUACCAUGACAUGACAUGACAUGUACUAGUAUCCCUUCAUGAUCUCCCUAUAGUAUCCCUCCGUCUCCCUAUAGUAUCCCUCCAUCUCUCUAUAGUAUCCCGCUUUCAUAUCUCAAAAGAACGAAUUGAUCCGGCAUCUGAGCGAACUGAUCGAUCCUUUGCGGAGUGUUUUUCUGAAACUCCAGAGAGCGUACGCCCAACAGACGAAGGAGUAUGCGACUUUUGUUAGCGAAGUGGAAGACAAGCACUCCUUGGGAACGGGCAGCUUGAGGGUGGUCAAAGUUAUGAUCAUUCAGGUAGCUCGCUUAUUCAGGGGUUUUUCAACUACUCCUGGAGGAGGAGGACGAGAAUGAGGGAGAGUGACACUUCAUCUUCUGAUACUGCAAGAGUCACGACUUCUUUCAGCACGCUUCCUCCGUUUAUUGCCUCACGACCCAUAAUAUCACGUCACACUCUAACGGACACGAAAUUUCUGUCUUGGAAACCGUAGUGGAGCACUUGCGGAACGAAUUAGUCGAAACGAAGGGGGCGAUGAGCAUGAGCACGGCUGACCUGAAUGCGAGAUUGGCUGAGGAACGGGAGAAGGGAAGCAUGCAGAAUCUCGAGAUCGAAAAGCUAAAACGGGAAGCAGAAGAGGAAAACAAGCGCGUAGAGCAGACACUGGAGGAGAAGCGAAACGAACUAGAAGCCCUCAAAAGGACCAUGAACCGGAUUCAUGAUCGUCAUGAAGGCGUACCGAGAAAUCCGAGAGAUGUCAAUUUUGCGAGAGAGGUACUAUUUUUAUAUUCAUAGGGUUUGCUAGAUAGAAUCGCUCGUGUUGAGAAAUUUUGUUGAAUGUUUGAUUUAGAUCUGUUUUAUCAAUCUGCUUCUUCCCCUGGAGGCUUCUUACGAAACACGAUAUUCAGAAGAUUGAUGAAAGAUUUUCCCCUUCCAAGCAACCGCCACCAAAACUCAGGUAAAAACAGCCGCGAAUGACGGUAUAGUAAUCGACAAAAUAUCGGAGAAAGACGGGAAGCAACCUGGCAAGACGGUUUUCAUAGAUGUGAGCAAAGCUGUUUUGAAGUAUCGUCGUGGUUUUCCUAGAGGCGGCUUUACGGAAGUCAACCUCAAGGAAGUGAUGCAUAUGGAAUGGGGAGAACAAAGUCGAGCUUAUGCGGUUGGUAAAGAACAUUCCAUUUCACAUUUAGACUUGUUUUUUGCCUCAUGCCGUAUGCGGAUGCAAUGCUUUUUACGAUGAAAAUCUUUUGCAGGAUCUCUCACUCUCUGAACAUAAUUAUUGAAAUUGUCUUUUUGUCAAUCUCAAUCAACAAAACAUGAACAGGUAGUAAAGGUAACAAAAUGUACAAGAUGCUGAAGCCAUGGCUCUGCUUUUCGCUCUACACCAAGGAGCGAAGCUGGGACUUUGUGGUUCCGGAUAACGAUAAGUCAGAACCCGUGUUGCAGACUUGUCUUUUCGCGUUAGCUGCAGUCUUUCUAGGCCAAAAUGUAGGCGGAAACAUGAUCAAGACGAGAGGCCAAUUCGUCUGGCGCAAGGCGAUGAUGAAGGUAGACGAAUCGAGCAAAUUGAGGGGACUCACGAGACAAGCGCUGGUGCAGGAAGCACUGCUGAAGACGGCGGCGGAACAAGAAGCUGGUAUCAUUACGGCGCCUGCUAGACCAAAGAUUUGAACUGAUUCUUGUGACCGAGGAUCGAUGUGGUUUUUCUGAUCAUGAAACUACUGAUCAUGAUAAUAUUCGUUGGACAACUUCUAGGCAUUGUGAAGACUCCCUCCCAACAUAGUUUACGAGACGUAGUAGUCUGUCACAGUCACAUAGAAACUGACACAUUUAGAAGACAUAGUUUAUAAUGAAAAAGUCAAAUGAAAAAUGUAUAGUGCUGCUAUGAGAAAUGCAUAGCUGCAUAAUGAGAGGAUGAACACACAUUCACGACAUGUUAGCAUCCUCCGAGCACAAAUGAGUCAUUUCAUAGAGCAUACUGUCAACAUCAAAUUCUUGAAAUUCUACUAUAACUUGCACGUUAGGCUUUCCGAUUUAGAAUAGCAUAUUGCCAAUAUGAUGAAGUCUCUUAACUACAACUACAACUACUAACGGUGAAGGACGAAACGUGUAAAACUACUAUAGUUAUUAUUUUCUAGUAAGUAAAUCUAAAUCUUUUGUAUUUUUAUCGCAUUUGAUGUUUGGCCUAAUGAAACCUCAAGCAAUUGGCAUUAAAAGUUCCAAGAUAUACUCGAUACUUGUAUAGAAGCAUUUUUGGCCGGUUAGUUUUGAUGUCAGUCCUACGUCAGACAUGUGCUUUUGAUGUCUUCGCAACCAUAUUUUGAGGACAGGAGCUGGUGAAGGAGUCGGAUGUUUGGGAUGUGUUCUAAGUUAGCGGGCGAAGACGGACAGAGCAGC